CCAAGGGAACAUGGCUGCUAUACUGUUAAAAAGCUUGCACAAUUUGGAGACGCUAGACGAACCAACAGCGAGAUGGAACGUUCCUCUAAGCGACGGAAAUCACAUAAUUGAAUUCGAGCACGGCACUGCAACAGGCCGUCGACUGGUGAAGAUAGAUGGCAAAGAAUUAAUCCACAGAGACUGGAUGUUUCAUUUGGUCGGUGACGAAGUGUUCUCCUUCAACGAUACUAAAUUUGUAAUUAGAAUCGAUCCAAUUGCAGGUUUACAGUACUCUUACACUUUGUGGGUGAAUGGAAAGAAUUACAAGAACUUCGUGCAAACCCAGUCGAAGAUUUUAGAAACCUGGUUGGCCAACGUUGGAAGCGAAGAAUAUAGAAUAGUUUUGGACAAACAAACACAGAAUGUUUGGGUGAACGGAGAACAAAUUGAAACAGAGAACGAAUUCACCGACGACGGUGCAGAAAUACUGUUCACAGUGGGUGAUCUACCAGCGGCAAUUAGAACUUACAGCUCUGGGCAAAAGGAUAUUGGAAUCGUUUACUCUCUGUUCAUCAACGACGUCGAGAUCGAGAAAGAGACACUGUUAAAAAACGACGAGAAGAUGUAG